AUGCAGUCGAGGACACGUGCUCGUGUCCACUCGUCGUUCAUGCAGCGUGCUCCAAGUCCAAUGCAGCGCAGUGACGUGAGCAUCCUCUUCACCGAAAGGCACCACGACGCGUGCCUCGCAGCUUUCAACCUCGCCAUUGGUUUCCGUCAGCACGCUGGCAACGUCGAGACGCACGCACCUAAAGACAAGUCGGAGAAGACGCCAAUCCAACUGGUAGUACUGGACCACUCUUCGAUUUGGGCUGCAAAGGUGCUUCUUGCGAGACUCGAGGCUGCCCAAACCGAGAAACAACCGCAUCCGAGCGGCCAAGCUGGAAACAUCACUAUAGGCACCGCACACGGCGACAGCGGGAAGCACCGAAAGCGGAGUACCGAAGCAGCGAACACCCGACUCGAUGAUCGUCAUGAGGUCGUGAAUGCACGGGCGGCCAUGUACCUGCCGGAAUGUACCGUCACCUACACUUCUGUCAAGAUUGUGAACAACAAUGGCACGAGCGUUUGCCCAGAGUUCAUCGGCCUUCUUCAAGGCAUGAGUGGUAAUAAUCUUCACGACGGCUGA